AAGAAUCCAUGUACAUCCGGAUUCAGUUUUGUUUACCACUUUUGGUCACCACGGUGCACGGCUACUGUUAAAUGUUUUGAAAGAAAGCCGCAUAUACCUAUCACAGAUGGCAUCUCAGAUCCCCAUAACAGUCAGAGCGCAGCCGGCAGCUGCCAGCUGUGCCGCUAACCGGGGGAAGAAACGUCCCGGUAGUCCGGCGGUUUCUGCCGCUGCACAGACCACCGGGGGCAAGAAGAAGAAAGGACAGCUGACAACAACACCAACAUCCCAAACACAGGUGGCAGCUGAGGAGUCUGUGACUGAGGUAAAGACAACAGGAGCAGUAGACAGCAGUCCAGCUGUCCCCACAGAGUCCACAGCAAAGCCUCCUCCAUUCAAAGACCCCGCAUUUACGCAUUCUGGGAUUGGAGGAGCAGCAGCAGGUAAAAAGAACAGGACCUGGAAGAAUCUCAAGCAGAUUCUGGCUUUGGAGCGGAUUUUACCCUGGAAGCUCAAUGACCCCAACUACUACAACAUUGAAGCCCCUCCCUCCUUGUUGCCAACAAAGAAGUAUUCUGAUAUUUCUGGACUCCCUGCAAACUACACAGACCCUCAGACAAAACUACGCUUCACAUCCUCUGAGGAGUUCUCCUACAUCCGUCUCCUUCCCACGGAUGUUGUCACAGGCUACCUGGCACUGCGGAAGGCGACUUGCAUCGUACCCUGAAGGCUGAGCAAGGCCUGAAACCUGAAACAGGUUUCACACCAGACUAGAAGCUGUUGGACCAGCCAGAAGAUUUUGGGAGCAAAGGUUGCUCCCAGAGUGGCAACCAAGUUGUCAAAACCAACGCAAGGAAGAUGAAUUGAAGUCCCACACUGGCCGCUGCUUAACAUUCACACUGCUGGUUGACUGAAGGCAAUUUCAUAGUUGUUGCUGUUUAACAAUUAAGUGGACCAUUUGUAAACAUAUAUUUUAUAUGUUCUGUUCCUUUGAGUGGCGGCUUCUUCCUGAUUGAGUGAUGAGACAGUGUUUACUGGAUGAUGAUUUAAUGUCACAGCCAGAGAAAGAACAUCCAAAAGUUGUUAAGGUUCAUUCAAGUUUCAGCUAUAAGAUUCUCUUUAGUUUGUUUGUUGAAUCACAUUUCCCAUUAUCCUUGAUGAUUUUUCGCAGUAUAGUAUUUUUUAUAAAUACUGGGGCAAGUUUGGGAGCUUGGGUUGGAUUUGCUCCAGUGAAAUCCUCAAGGACAUAAUUGUUCCUCCAAUACUUAAACAUUACAGGCUACAAGGCCCUCUUGUGGUUAAACUGUUACUACGCAGUUGAAAAGUUUUUUUUUUUUUUUAAAUUUCAAAUUGAAUUAUACUGUUUUAAGUAAAGUAGCAAAUAAAAAGAUAAAAUCAUUUUUUUAAGUUUAAUUCCAGUGUCUCCCUGUCAUCUAAAUGUUCUUAGAAGCAUCUUUUAAAUAAAAAAAUGUUCUCGGCUGAAA